AUGAGCAAUCUAAACAUGGUGGAGGCGAAGUUGCCACCAGGGUUCAGGUUCCAUCCAAGAGAUGAAGAACUAAUAAGUGAUUACUUGAUGAAGAAGUUGACAUGCUGUGAACAACCUCCUCUUAUGAUCGAAGUUGACCUCAACAAGUGCGAACCUUGGGACAUUCCUGAAAUAGCAUGUGUGGGAGGAAAGGAGUGGUACUUUUACAGCCUGCGUGACCGGAAAUAUGCUACUGGACUGCGAACAAACAGGGCCACGGUGUCAGGGUACUGGAAGGCCACUGGAAAAGACAGACCGGUCUUCGGGAGAGGAACUCUGGUGGGGAUGAGGAAGACCUUGGUGUUUUACCAAGGGAGGGCACCCAAAGGAAGUAAAACCGAUUGGGUCAUGCAUGAGUUCCGCCUUGAAGGACCCCUUGGCCCCCCUAAACAAACUUCUCCCAAGGAAGAUUGGGUGUUGUGCAGAGUGUUCUACAAGAACAGAGAAGUUCCUGCCAAACAAGGGUUUGGAAGUGACUAUGACCACAAAAGCUCUUCUUCUCUUCCAGCUUUAAUGGAUCCCUACAUCACCUUUGACCAAACUCAACCCAAUAUUAAUCAAUAUGAGCAAGUGUCCUGCUUCUCCAUUUUCAACCCAAUCCAAACCUACCCAACUUUCUCUCAGAUCACCCAUAUUGAGCCAAACCCAUCAACAAAAAAUAGUACUAUACCCAUCUUAGGAGGUAUGCCUGAUGUGGGUGCAUAUUUAGACCCUUCCUCUUGCAACAAAAAGGUCAUAAAUGCUUUCCUAGAUCAACUUACCAAGUUGGAGAGUAAUCCUACCAUGAAAGGUUCUCCAAGCUUUGGAGAAGAGAGUUCAGAGAGCUUCUUAUCUGAAGUGGGUUUGUCUACUAUGUGGACCCACUAGUAAGGAAUUCAGAGGGGUUUCCCCAGGAAAGUUGUGGAUUAAUAUUGAAUACAUUACAAUAGGUUAU